AUGGGCUACACAUUAUGCCUUUUCGCGCUUGUUUUUCUACAGGCGUUGGUUGUGAGAACUCUGUGGGUAAUACCAAUAUUCGGUAUCCGUGAGGGGGCGGAGCUAAGCGAGAAGCGAGGUUUGCAGGCGGGGCGGGCACUGCGGCUGUUUGUGUUCCUCGGAUCGGGAGGACAUACGGGAGAGAUGCUGCGGCUGUUGGACAACUACCGGACAGCGCUUCUACGACCAGGGACACAGCUCUACGUUGGCUUUUCGGAUGAGGCGAGUUUGCGUAAAUUUCAAACCACGGUGGGGGCUAAUUUGUCCGGUGUUGAGGUUCAGUUCUUGCGUUUUUCGAAGGCGCGUGAGGUCGGGGCGUCGUGGCUAGCGUCGACUCGGAGCGUUGCAUUUUCGUUCGUACAAUCCCUUUGGUGCCUGACCUGGCUGAAGUGGCAGUUCGUUGGCCAGCAACAUCUGGUACUAUUGAAUGGGCCAGGCACUUGCUGCAUUAUAGCCAGUUGGCUUAAAAUGCUCGAGAUCGUGACGCUGACGCGAUCUAAGAUCGUAUAUGUAGAGAGCCUUGCUCGCACUGAUACCCUAAGCCUAAGUGGGAAACUCUUGUAUCCGCUUGUGGACGAGUUUGUGGUGCAGUGGGACGAGCUUUAUGAGCGGUAUGACCGUGCCCGCUGCUACGGAAUUUUGGUAUAG